CAACGUAUUAUCUACAUUAUCAUCUUAUGCUAUUUUAUAAUCGGCGUUUCUUACCAAAGAAGAAUAAGAGAAAGAAGUAAAGAAGUACGCCAUUAUUUCGUGAGAGGCGCUGAUUCACUGAUUGUUGAUCAACAGAUGCAAUCACUAAUCAGAUGCAACUCCAUCGGAGCUGUUUAGGAUUUUCAACAUAAUAUUGAAAGUACAAGAAUGACGUUGUCCUACAGUUAUAUGCCGGAUUAUUUUUCUCUGACGGAUAUUUUGUGCACGGAGGAACGGAUAUCGUGCAAAGUAGAAGUCUCGCUACCUCGCUUGGGUUUUCUGGAUCUUUCUUCCGAGUCGGAGGACCUGAAACCAGGUACAAAGUUGGAACUUCCACUAUGGUUGGCGCAACCGUUGAAUAGAGUAAGGGAAUCAAUAGUCAGCGUAGACAUACCCAAGACAUACAAGGAAGGCUACAGAGAAAUUUUAUUAGCAGACGCUUGUACUGUCGUACUUAAUAAAUGGAAUCCGUAUUAUUACGAACUGGGAAUGUAUUUGAGAAGGUUCAACAAUCGCGAUUGCGAAAUGAUAAUUGACAGUUUGUUACUAACCUUCAGGUCGCGAUUUAGACUAGUCAUGGACUGGGCACAAAAUCCUGUUUCCGAUCCCACGCUUAAUAGUUUACUGCCGAGAUUAGAGAGAGACUUGUUCCUCACAGGCAGGAAGGCCAAGUUGCAAUUGAACGAAUGGUUAAGGGAAGGCUCGAGCGUUAUCGAAACUUCACAGAGCGCUGUGAAUCUUAAAAAGCGAAAACGAACAGAUUACGAACUGGAUUGAAACGUGCGCUGCAUACGAUACAUGUGAUAAAACAAAUAUAAAGUACGAUAAAUUAUAUACUUACUACGCGGUGUAAUUUUUUUUUAUACGAAUGAUUAAUAAGCGCGAUUGUAAUAUUAAAUAAAAUUUAUUGUCUUAUACAUUGAAACUACAUAUCCCUUUAUUUAAAGAUACAAAUAUAUCUGUGUAACUUAUUACUUAUUAAAUAACAAAUAAAAACUUUAUAUAUAUAUAUGUAUAUAUGUAUACAUACGUAUUUUGUAUGGAAUCAGUCACAUUCGAACUGUUAACAAUAUAAUAGAAAGGAUCAUACAACAAAAAGUGAUAAUAUCUAUUUCACAACCCAUGACUAAAAAUUGUUAAAAUAUCUUAGUAGAUAUAUGCAAUA